AUGUAUCGUCUUCAGUCGGCAUCCUUCCUGGCCGCGAUGCUGUCAGCCACCCAGGUCGCAGCCCACGGUCAUGUCACCAACGUCGUCGUUAACGGUGUCUACUACGAAGGCUUUGACAUCAACUCCUUCCCGUACAUGUCAGACCCUCCCGCUGUCGCCGCAUGGGGCACCCCCAACACCGGCAAUGGCUUCAUCACCCCCGAGGACUACACUUCGCCCGACAUCAUUUGCCACCAGAACGCUACAAACGCCAAGGGCCACAUAAGUGUGAAGGCAGGUGACCGUGUCAAUAUCCAGUGGACCGAGUGGCCCGAAUCGCACCACGGACCUGUUAUGGACUACUUGGCCGACUGUGGUGAUAGCUGCGAGUCGGUUGACAAGACCACGCUCAAGUUCUUCAAGAUCGACGGCGUUGGUCUGGUCGACGACUCAGAUGUUCCUGGUACCUGGGGUGACGACCAGUUGAUCAAGAACAACAACAGUUGGAUGGUCGAGAUCCCUGAGUCCAUCGCUCCCGGAAACUAUGUCCUCCGUCACGAGUUGAUGGCUCUCCACGGUGCCGAGAUGGAGGAUGGUGCCCAGAACUACCCUCAGUGCUUUAACCUCGAGGUCUCUGGCUCUGGCACCGCAAAGCCCGACGGUACCCUGGGUACCGCGUUGUACAAGCCCACUGAGGCUGGUGUCAGUGUCAACAUCUACUCGUCGCUCUCGACCUACCAGCUCCCCGGUCCUACCAUCUGGUCGGGCGCCACCUCCAUCUCGCAGGCCACCUCCGCCGUCACUUCCACCGGCUCUGCCACCGUCGGCUCUGGCUCUGCUGCUGCUUCUGGCUCUGGCUCGCCUGCUCCCUCUGCUCCCCCGUCUGCUGCUUCGUCCGCUCCUUCUGCUAGCAGCGCUGGCGGUGCGCAGUCUGCCUACGGCCAGUGCGGUGGUGUUAACUGGACUGGACCUAAGUCCUGUGCCAACGGAGCUUCCUGUAGCUCUAUGAACCCUUACUACUCGCAGUGCACUCCUGCUGCUUAA